AUGCGUGCCUACGCGUGUCUCGCGGCGCUGGCCGCCACGAAGGUGGCCGCGCACCCCCUCUGUUUCAUCGACGACAAGCCGACUGACUAUGACCAAGUUCUCACCUACUGCGACAACUCCAUCGCCAUGUCCGGCGCUUGCUGCACGAACGAGGAAGAGGACAUCGUGGAGGCCAACUUCAACGCCGCUUUUGGGGUAGGCGUGGUGCCCAGCACGGCGUGUGCUGCUCUCUACAAGCAGGUGGUGUGCGGAGUAUGCCACUCGUACAGCGCCCACCUGUACGAGUACCUGACGGACGGCGGCAUGCUGGACGGGCUGACCAUGAAGAGCGAGUUUUGCGAAGAGUUGGUCGACGAGUGCGCGGCGUACAUCGAGUUCCCGACCUACGACGGUACAAGCUACUGCGACCACCACACCGGUGGCGGGAACGACUUCUUCUGGUCUUACCCGUACGAGGAACCGGAGAUUUUCGAGCCCGGGCUUAACGAGGUUUUCCCCGACCUCGGCGACGGAGAACAGCCGGACGACACGGUUAGCGUCAGACAGACCCCCGACGGCAGCCAGUGGUGGCUGUUGGGCAUCGCGGGAGAAAUCUACGCGGUGGAUUCCGACAACAUGGAUGACUCAGAACUGGUGAUCGACGUCUCCGGAUCGGUUACUGGCGGCACCUUCUACGUGGACUACGAGGAGGGUCUGCUCGACGUAGCCUUCGGGCCUAUGUUCAGCGAAAGCGGGUACCCGAACUACUUCUACGUGAGCUACACGGUCGACCUUAACGAUGACUUGAUGCAACGCAACCGGCUUGCGAGGUUCACGUACAUCCCGGGUGACCCGGAGGGCACCAAGGCUUCGGAAGAGGUCUUGCUCACCACCGUCCCCAAGUACAACAGCAUCCACUCGGCCGGAUGGCUCGGCUUCAAGCCGUCCGUGUACGGUAACUCCUCCCCCCAGGACCUCUACUGGACAACCGGCGACGGCGGGCCGCAAACUGACCCCGAGAACCACAGCCAGGACACGCAGACCAUGCUUGGCGCCAUGAUGCGUAUUACUGUGCCUUCCGACGGCGAUGGCUACACCAUCCCCUCCGGCAACUAUGGAGGUGGUGCUUUGGACGAGAUCUGCGCGAUCGGCUUCCGCAACCCGUGGCGGUGCAGCUUCGACCGCGAGAACGACAACCUCUACUGCGGUGACGUCGGACACACGUUUGUGGAGGAAAUCGACCUUGUGGAGUGCGGCAACAACUACGGGUGGUCGAGAUUCGAGGGCUCCCGCUGCCAGGAGGCCGUGGAGGACAACGAGUUCAACCCUGCCUGCGACGGUAUCAGCCGCUCUGGCUUUACGUUCCCUCUCUACGAGUACUGCCACCCCGACUACCAGUCAACCGGGGACGAUGAGUUCACCGCUGGUAACGACAUCUGCGGCGACCGCGUUCUUCUCGGUAACGCCGUUAUCGGAGGUUACGUAUACCGCGGUAACUACUUCUCGGACCUCCUGAACGGCGCCUACAUCUUCGGAGACAGCACCAUGAAGAACAUCUACUACCUCGUGGAGGAAGAUGGCGGCUGGAGUCUCGGCACGAUCAUCAGCGACGCGAGCGUGCAGAUCAUCAGCUUCUCCGAGGACAUCAACGGUGAGAUCGUGCUCCUCGACCUCCAGCACAACAUCUACCACAUGCCCUGCGGGGACCUGUGCGCCACGACCUGCCUGGACCAGACCGAGGACCAGCCGACUUACGAUUCCGUGGGUUGCUUCGCCGACGAGGUUGACGACCGCGCGCUGCCCGACCAAGCCGACAACUGUGGCGAGGGCGAGACGGCCAUGAGCCCCUCGAUCUGCGCCUCGUACUGCGAGACUCAGGGCGCGACCUAUUUCGGCGUUGAGUUUUCGUACGAGUGCUUCUGCGGCUCUUCCACCGCCGACUUCGACAAGCACGGAUCGUUGCCCGACUCGGAAUGCGAAUACCUGUGCGAUGCUAACCCGGACCAGUUCUGCGGUGGAUUUGGUGCGAUUGAGGUGAGGUUCACGCCCAACACCUCCGUUUUCAAAUGCAACACAUGGGUGUGGUGAUGUGGUGUAUGGUGUCUACCUGACGCGUAGCGUUGUACGGAUUUCACCGAGGAGUGACGGUACCCGUUUUGGGACUUGACUCUACUCCCUGCCGGCGGGCGUACCAGAUGUUCGAGGUCUUCACGAUCGAAGCCCCGGCUGAAACCGAGGCUCCCGCGACCUCUCCUCUCGUGGCCCAGCCUAUCGAGCCCAUCGCCCCCUCUCCCACAACCCCCACAACUCCUACCCCAUCGGACGCCAGCUACCUUGGCUGCUUCGGAGACGCCGAUGACCGCGUGUUCCCGGAGUCCACGUCGUCUUCCUCAAUGACCACUGCGACGUGCGCGGCGUUCUGCUCCGACUACGCCUACUACGCUACUCAGUACGGAGUAGAGUGCUGGUGCGGCAACAACGACGCCUACGACAUUUACGGUGUUGCUGACUGCGACAUAGCAUGCUCUGGUGAUGCCAGCGACAUCUGCGGCGGGGACUUCGCCAUGUCGGUGUACUCGACUGGCUCCGAGCCCGUGGAGACGCCGACGCCCGUGGACGUGGUCGAUCCUACCGACCCCACUUACCUUGGCUGCUUCGGCGACUCGCAAACUGAACGCGUCUUCCCGGUCACCACCGACUCCGGCUCCAUGACCACUGCGUUCUGCGCCGCCUUCUGCGCUGACUACGCCUACUACGGAACCCAGUACGGUGAAGAGUGCUGGUGCGGCAACAACUCCGCGUACGACACCAACGGUGCGGCAACUUGCGACAUGGCGUGCUCUGGUGAUGCCGAUGAGAUCUGCGGAGGCUUCGACGCCAUGUCGAUCUACUCGACCGGCUCCGACCCCGUCGAGACCCCGACGCCGGUGGACGUGGUGGAGACGCCGACGCCCGUGGACGUGGUGGAGACCCCGACCCCUGUGGACGUGGUCGAUCCCGCCGACCCCACGUUCCUCGGAUGCUUCGGCGACUCGCAAACUGAACGCGUCUUCCCGGUCACGACCGCCUCCGGCUCCAUGACCACUGCGGCCUGCGCCAGCUUCUGCUCUGACUACGCCUACUACGGAACGCAGUACGGUGAAGAGUGCUGGUGCGGCAACUCCGGGUACGACACCUACGGUGCGGCAACUUGCGACAUGGCGUGCUCUGGUGAUGCCGAUGAGAUCUGCGGAGGCUUCGACGCCAUGUCGAUCUACUCGAACGAAAACGUUGACCCCGUGGAAGAACCGACCACCGGCGACGGUUACACCAACCUGGGGUGCUGGAGCGACCCCCAGGACUCUAGGAUGAUGGUGGAGACCGCAUUCGAUUCCAACAUGACCACCGCGAUGUGCGAGGAGUUGUGCGAUGGCUCUACGUACUACGGAACGCAGUACGCGUACGAGUGCUGGUGCGGAACCGCCGAUACCGAUUACCAAGCUGACGGGCCCGCUACCUGCGACGCCGAAUGCGGUGGCGACCCUGACGACAUAUGCGGUGGCACUGACGCCAUGACGGUUUACGGCCCUGAGUAAAAACCUCAAGUGUAGUCAACGGCAGCGCCAGGGUGGAUAGAGUAGCCGAGAACGCGAAGCCGUCGUCGUGUGUGCCCGUUUGGUGGUGGGGGCAACGCAUCGAUGGCUCAGCCUUGCUUGGUUCAUAUUCGACCGGGCGCUCGUUGGUCCCUUGAUCAAAUGAACGGGAUUGGUUCUGUUGUCGUUUCGUGGACUCCGAACCCGAUCUCGUUCCGUAGUCGUCCGUUCGUGUAAAAUACUGACCGGUUGGGUCUGUUUUUAGCAAGUGUACGAUUCAGCCGGACCGGGGGGGGAAAGGGUUUGGUUUGUGCUAUUAUUCGGGGAAAAAAUGUAGAGUUUGAGUGGAAGCUUUCGGGCUGAACCUUUCCGACCCCUUCCGACUUGUUGCCGGCCACCUAGUGGCGCAGUCCGGAUCGCUUGCGUGAUUCGGACUUAGAACGAAACGAACCAUGUUUACUUUUGGGAAGGAAAAGGGUGGGGUGGGAGGUUGCAUGGUGACAGUCCGAUUUUGUGCCCCCUCCUUCCAGGUGGAAGUAGUGUUCGCUCUUGCGGCCGAACGUCGUCAAGCGUAGCAAUCAUGAGCAAGAAUGGCUAACUCUUGCGGGACUGUGACGCGUCGCCCAGUCGACCUUGGCGAAGGAUGAUUUUGAUGUUUUCUGUCGGUCGGUAGUGGCGGAAACGCUUACGCUUGUCGGCGAGAAUUGGAAUCAUGCACCUGACGCAAAGGAAGGUGAACGGGGGUGUCGUGCGGGGAGCGCCGAAGGUCUUCGGUUUUUUGUUGUCCUCAGCAGUUGUGUUUUGUACGUGUCCACCCGGCUCCUUUGUCAUUUGUCUCAUCGUCGUUUCCUGUCUUGUACCAUUGAAGCUUUCAUGUGUGUCAGGAGUAAUAGGUUGUGUUUCGUUUCGGAGUUAAUAGCUCGUAUGCGUCUUUGGCCGUAGUUGCUUUGCAUUUCCUCUGUUGCCGGUUUGCGUGUGUUUUGUAGCUCUCAGUCUCAUGUUUUCGCCAGUUCACCUUCUGCCCGUCCGGGCUUCUGCUUUGGGUAGACGUGAUCAACACGAAGAAGAAACACAUGGUGCGCCUAGUAGCACAGUCUGAAGAUUUGUUGUAACUUUGUGAAUCGAUGUUGCUGCCACGAAAUGAACGACAACGUGAAAUGAUUCGGUCAUUGUGCGUGCUUUGAACGUUUCUUUCACAAAUGCCGUUCCUAGAUGUCAAAACCUCUUGUCUCUAUUUCUUGCCUUUCUUGAAUGAAGGGGGCGGGGGAUGCGCCUGCGUGUUUAAAAUCGGAGGUGGGUCGCUAGUGUGCACCGGUGUGGUUUGUGACUACCCCCUUUUUUUCCUUUUCUUGUGCGCCCGCCGUGUGAGUUGUUUGGGCUGAUAAAUGACGGUCGGUUGCGUUUGGGGGAGGGGGGGGGGUGGCAUGUUGUCUGAACAAGUAGUUUCGUUUGGGUACGCAGUGUAGCGCGCACUUGUGAUGUUUUGCGAGUGAGAGCGUUCGUCCACGCUCCACACGCAGCGUCGAACAUGCGUUUUUGUGUAGCAACCCUAUAAGGAGGGGGGGGGGGGGGGGAGCGAAGGGAGGGCAUUCGCAGCAGUAGAGGAAGGGGCUGACGUCUGGCGUUUUUUAUUCGGGGAUGGGGCAUGGAAUGCGCCACAGAGUACGUUGUUGUUGCACUGGUCGUGUUGGCCUAGGCCUUUUGCGUUGUGAGGUGCUGAUGCUCGACAAUGCACACGUGUCACGCUGACGUGAGGGAAGAUGGUACACUGUUCAUCUUUCGACAGCACGCCCGAACACACACGCGGUGUUCCCUCUGAUGAGCUAGCUGAAGAGACUUUUCUGCUUGUGUGUUGGCGGUCUGCAGUAGUAGUCGACUGGUGGUGAUGUAGAUCGGAGGAAACAAAAGAUUAUACGAACACAUGCAUGCAUGAAUAAUAAUAAUGAAUGAUUAAAUUGAAUAGUUGUGGUGUAAAUAUAUCGAAUACAUGCGCCGAACAAAUUGAUUGAAUUGUUGUUGGCAACUUUGUCCAGGCUUUCGAUGGAAUUGGCUGCCAGCCUUUGAUUGAUUCUGUUCCAUCAGAGACCGAGCUGAUGAUACAUGGGUCUCGAGAGGGGAAGGGUUUAUUAACCUGCCCACGAAACAACCAUUACAA